AGAGCACAGUUCUCAUUUGUUUUCUCUGUAAAAAAGAAAAGAAAAAUAAAAUUGUGAAAGAUGAAACUCAACGCCAUGAAAGCUUACUUCAAAAGGAAUUGGAAUAAAGAAGACAUGUUGAAUUCUUUUGAAAUUCCACUGCACGCUCACAAAAACUUGACCAAGGUGUAUCUAACUCUCUUCUGUGCCACGUUGAGUGCUACUUUUGGAUCAUUCUUGCACUUGAUCUGGGAAGCUGGGGACCUGUACACAGUCCUUACUUCUGUAACAUGUUCACUCUGGAUUUACUUUAUAAAACCAUGGAAAGUGAAGAGGAGGGUCUUCCUCUUGAUGAUUGCUGCCUUUUCCUUUGGUGCUUCUCUUGGCAUUUUUACCAAAUAUUUCUUCGAAAUCGAUCAAGGCUUUGUUGUCAACCUUUUGGCAGGUACAGCAAUUGGCUAUGGAACUUUCUGGUUUGAAGCCAAGUCAACAAGGGAAAGGAGCACCCUCUACGUCGGUUGCCUGCUUCAUUCUUAUGUUUUCAUGUACAUGUGGUUUGUCACUGCUGCUGAAAUGAUCUUUGGUGGCCACACAGCUCAUUAUCUGAUAAAGGUAUUAGUUGUGCUGGCAUUGUUCAUGGCGUACUUUGUGAUAUGUAGCCAAGAGAUAGUGUAUAAUGCUCUUUCUGAAGACGUUAACUUUGUCAACUGCAUAUUCACCGUCUUCUUCAAUUUACCCGCCAUAGUUGUCCAUAUUGUCCAACUGCAGCUGAUUGAAGUAAUUGAGCACUUCGGCCAGAGUUAAAGCUGACACAGUAAAAGCUACAAUUUCUCUUUGGAACUACAGAAUAAAUAAAGAAUAAAAUGCACCAGGGAACUGUAAAUGAUCGAGCAAAUAUUCCGUUGUGACAACAUUUUACUGAUUGAAUUUGGAAUUCGCA